GCAUAACUAUAUAACUAUACGACCAAGGAACUAUUUUCAGCCCUUUCCAACCAGAAACUUCUGAACUCCAGUCCUACGGUUUAGCACUUCAGCUUCCAUCCUAAGAAAAAUCUCAAUUUUCCCGAAAAUAACAAUAAUUUCUCAAACGAAAAUUAAAUUGUUUUUCCAGUCUACCAGUCCCUAGAGGGAUGCUAUGGCCCUCUCAUUAGCUCAAUCAACCUUCUUCAUCGCAAUCAAGCCCUCUAUAUUCAUCCGCAGAAAUGGAGGAUUCCUUAAGGGAUGUAAAACUCUUGCUUAUUUCUCUACUUCUUUCCCAUCAUCACAUCAUGUUGGUACUACGCCUGCAGAUAACAGAGCCGCCUUCCACCGUGAUAAGCAGAGAAGGGUGCCAGUUGCUUCAGCCCUUGAGCUUGGUGGCCUCAAUAUUUCCAGGGAUGAGAUCGUGAGGGAUGACCCUACAAACAACAUCCCAGAUACAAUAUUCUCUAAGUUGGGAAUGCACCUUCAUAGGAGAGAUCAGCAUCCACUUGGUAUCUUGAAGAAUGCAAUCUAUGAUUACUUUGACACUAAUUAUCCAAAUAAAUUUGACAAGUUCGAUGAUCUGUGCCCUAUUGUUUCUGUUAAACAGAACUUCGAUGAUGUACUGGUACCUGCUGAUCACGUUAGCAGGAGCUACAAUGAUACGUAUUAUGUGGACUCUGAAACUGUUUUGAGGUGCCACACAAGUGCACAUCAAGCUGAUAUACUGAGUAAGGGCCAUACUCAUUUCCUUGUGACUGGAGAUGUUUACCGCAGAGAUUCCAUUGACUCAACUCACUACCCAGUAUUCCACCAGAUGGAAGGGGUACGGGUCUUAUCUGCAAAAGAUUGGGAGGGAUCAGGGCUUAAUGCCACAUCUUAUGCUGCUGCAGAUCUAAAGAUUUGUCUUGAGGGCUUGGCACGACAUUUAUUUGGUGGUGUGGAAAUGCGAUGGGUUGACACAUACUUCCCCUUUACUAAUCCAUCAUUUGAAUUGGAGAUAUAUUUUCAGGAGAAAUGGAUGGAAGUAUUGGGAUGUGGGGUAACAGAGCAAGAAAUACUGAAAAGAAAUGGGAGAAUGGAUGACGUUGCUUGGGCUUUUGGACUUGGACUGGAACGUUUGGCGAUGGUUCUGUUUGAUAUUCCAGAUAUUCGACUUUUCUGGUCUACUGAUGAGCGUUUUACUUCUCAAUUUUCAAGCUCCCAACUUGGUGUGAAAUUCAAGCCAUUUUCUAAGUAUCCUCCGUGCUACAAAGACAUGAGCUUCUGGAUCAGUGAUUCAUUCACCGAAAACAACCUUUGUGAAGUUGUUAGAGGAAUUGCUGGGGAUCUUGUGGAGGAGGUUCGUCUAAUAGAUAACUUCACGAAUAAGAAAGGAAUGACGAGUCACUGCUAUAGAAUUGCAUACCGGUCCAUGGAGCGUUCACUCACUGAUGAAGAAAUAAAUGAAUUGCAGUGGAAAGUAAGAGAGCAAGUGCAGAGCAAAUUGAAUGUGGUUCUCAGAUGAGUUAUCUGUUUCCUUGUUUUCCAUUUUUUCUUCCACUUUGUUGUGGCGUGAACAGAUAUAGUACUAACUCAUUUACCUCCAAUUUUCUGGAUUGCUUACACCAUAGAUUGUAUAGCCAAUUUUCUGUCAUUUUAUUUAUGAUUCUUGUCCUAUAUUUUUUCUUCUCUGUAAUUUUCUCUUAUGUAUUUCCAUUAUGUUAUUCCUUUUUAGUAGUUUCCAUAUUUAUAACAGAGAAGUAGCUACGUUGUAUUUAAUUUUAUUUUCUUGAAAUCAAAGGAAGUAUUUCAUAUUUAGUGGAAUAAAAUAAGACUGGAUUAGAAGACUA